AUGUCUAACCACAAUUCCCUCCCAUUCUCGCAGGUGGAACUGACCCAAUGGGUGGACGGCGUAGCAGCGUUCGAGAACGGGGACUUUGAAGCUGCGCUCGAUGUGUUUGAGCCUAUCGCGGAUACGGCAAGAAUACACUUCAACAUUGGAAUGACGUUUAUCAACCUCAACGCUUUGGAAGACGCGAUAUCUGCACUAACACGAGCAGUGGCGUGCGACCCCUUCUUGGCCGUUGCCUAUUAUAUGCGCGGCGUAUGCUUCUAUAACCUUAAUGCGUUGAACGAGAGUCUGGCGGACUUCGGGGAGGCGAUUACCUAUCUCCGUGGGAAUGCCUUCAUCGACUAUAACCAGCUGGGCUUGGCCUACAAGCUUCACGCCUGCGAGAUCCUGUUCAAUCGGGGACUGGUCCUUGCAGCCAUGAAUCGGAUGGAGGAUGCGUAUAGGGAGUUCCAGGAAGCUUUGAAAUCACGGCCACAAGACGGGAAAGUCACCUUUGGGAACAUAGAAGAAGCACCAAGGAUGGGCUCCCGCGCGCCGCAGUAUCUUGGCCCGUACGCUGUUCCACCAGACACACUAUACAGGCCGCCAAGCGGGAAAGUGAAAAACAGCGAAAAGAAGGAUUAUAUCGGAAAGGCCAAGGUCGUCGCGAGUGUCGAGGCCACUGACAAUUACGCGGGGUUCAGUGGGCGAGAAUUGAAAUUGAAAACCCUGCCCCGAUCCAAUAGCACGACGGAUAUACCCACCACCGGCGUGAACGGUCGGGCGAUGGCGGACCCCCUGGCACGUUCAAACACGACGAUUGUGCGUCCUGUCAGAGCCAAUACCACGACUGGCGUCCUUGUCAGAUCGGGCACUGUCAACCAACCACAACGGCUAGUAGCUGGCGGAGUCGCCCCAUCGUCGAUAUCGCAGCAGCAACCACAAUCGGCGGAAACGGGAGUGUACCGAAGCAGAUCCACAUCCCUCGGAAGCUCGGCGUCACCGGUACCAGGACCCAUCCGACGAGCAGCUACUGUAACCAACAUCCAACCCCAACGGGGAACACGGGCAAUCUCAAUCAACCCCAUCGAUGAGCUCAUGUCGGAAUUGAGCAUCGAUGAGCAGGACGAGCGCGAUGACCGCGGAUCAUAUACUGAUAAUAAUGAUCGAUACCGGGAAGACGAUAGACGGAAUGGUGGACCGUCGCGGUAUUCGCCGGGGAAUCAAGUAAAUACCACCACAAUUAAUGUCAACCGACGGAUGAUGGAGAGCUAUGAUCGGUCAGUAACCGCGUCACCCGUGUCAAGCAUGGGAAGUAUCCACACGGUCGCUGACAAGAUCAAACUAAAAGCCCAUUUCCGAGGCACAACUCGCAUCAUCCUAAUCCCCACAACCCUCCAGCUCCCCGACCUCAUGACCCGUCUCUGCGAGAAAUUCUGCCUGCCGCCCUCCAACAACCGACCGCCCUUACGCCUCAUGUACGCCGACGAAGACGGCACAAUGGUGACCAUAAUGGACCAGGAAGAUCUGGAAGUCGCUUGGAACGUGCAGGGGAUAGAGUGGGGGGACGGUGGCAGGAUAGAGCUGUGGUGUGAGGCGUAG